AUGGUAUCGCCGUGUGUGACACACAUGUAACGUCACACACGCAGUGUAUAAUCUCGGACUAUCUUUGUACUGGUUACUCGCAUAGUCUAUCCCAAAAUGGCCGCGUCGUGGAUCCUGUGUACCACUAUAGCUUUCUCAGGUUUUCUAGUUGUGCUCAGCACGUGUCCAUCAGGUUGGAUUGAGUUCAAUCAAGAAUGUUUUUUGUUUGGGACAACCAAGAAGACAUGGAAUGAUGCUGAGGCUGACUGCCGGAAACACAAUAGUUACCUGACCACAGACGAUAAUCUAGAAAAACACAACUUCCUGGAAGUAUACCUCAACAUAUUCCACUCGUGGAAGUUGGGUCAUUUCUGGCUCGGCGGUAGCGACUUGGCAGUAGAGAGCCGAUGGCGUUGGUUCGAGUCUGGCUUGCCAAUAGGACCUACGACUUUCUGGGACGUAGGCCAGCCUGACGGUAACAACUCGGCUAACUGCAUGUCCUUCUUUAUGAACGCUGACAACAAUCUGGUGUGGAGGGAUGACCGAUGUUCAGGACAUUUUAACUACAUCUGCGAGCAAAACGCAACCGGAACUACGGCAUCACCAAUUGUCGGAUAAACAGGAACAACCAGAAAGUGUAAAUACCAAUAAAAUGUGACUAGCUCCUGA